AUGGUGGUAAACGUAUCUCCAAGAAGUAGUAUGAGCUCCAGAAGUAGACGCGGGUCGACUAUCAACAAUUUACUGAACUCUAUGGGGAUUAGACAGGGUUCCAACCCCGGUUUGCAUGGCGGGUCCAUGCCUUUAGACCCCAUUCCAGCUGGAACGACUCCAUCGGGACCAGUGGCCAAUGGGGUAGCUUUUCGGGAGCAAUUUCAAAUCGGUAACUCAACCCCACUAAAUACCAGUCGAAAUGGUAUAACUAAUAAUGGCUUGGAAGCCAUACAAUCAAACACAGGGCAGGUUUUUAGUUCUGAAGAUGAAGACGAUCGGGUUGUUGGUGAAGAUGUACAUCUCGAUGAUGUAGGUGGAUUGCACGAGGAUAAUGACGAUAAUAAUAUGAAUAUCAAUAACAACGACAACAACGAAAAUGGCAUAGCAGCCUCUGCAAAUAUGCUUGGAACUACUCCAUUCGACCAAGGUCUCCAAAAUAGCAUGGUUCCUGAUCUACGACAGGAGCUUCCUAUAACCCUCACAUUGGGACAAAACGAUAUCCCGCCGGGUCCAGGCCAUCAACCAAGUACCCUAACACCAGUUGAAGCUCAACUGGUCCCCAAGGCUGUGCGUCACUUUGUUUACGGAAGUUGUGCCCCUGAAAGUGCAGUGGAACUGCUGGGUUUAGAUAGACCUAGGAAUGCAGCGCCAAUUGAACCUUCAAGUCCAGACGUCAUUCAAUCACGCAAGGAUAAGAAUGGAUUAUUCAGCCUCAGACUCACACCCUUCUUAGACCAAUCUGCCACCAGUAACCCCGGCCUAUAUUUUGAACCAAUUGUGAGGACGGCUGGUCCUUGCUCGCAAUUGGUCAUUGGAAGAUAUACAGAACGCGUUAGGGAAUCCAUCACGCGGAUUCCCGAACAUUUUCAUCCGGUAGUGUUCAAAAGCAAAGUCGUCUCGAGGACGCAUGGCUGUUUCAAAGUAGACCAACAGGGAAAUUGGUACAUCCGAGACGUCAAGUCUUCAUCCGGUACCUUCUUGAACCACCAAAGGCUAGCGCCUGCUUCGACAAUGUCUAAAGAUACUUUACUGCAAGAUGGUGACCUUUUGCAAUUGGGACUGGAUUUUAGAGGAGGAACAGAAGAGAUAUAUCGGAGCGUUAAAAUGAGAAUCGAGUUAAACAAAUCAUGGAAACGGCGGGCCAUGAGAUUCAACCGCGAGGCGUUACAGAGGUUGAAAAACUUGCAGAAAAUGACAUCCGGCCUUGAGGAAGAAGACUGCUCAAUUUGUCUAUCCAAGAUUAAACCAUGCCAAGCAGUUUUCAUAUCACCAUGUUCUCAUAGCUGGCAUUAUCAGUGCGUGAGACGGCUAGUUGUGUCAACAUACCCACAAUUUGUUUGCCCAAAUUGUAGAUCAAGUUGCGAUUUAGAAGCGUCUUUGGACAGCGAUCUUGACAGUGACGAGAAUGACUUUGAUGUUAUCUCAAACGAUGUCAAAGAUAUGGAUAUGCAGCAAGACAGCGAUUAG